CACACCUGAACUCAGAAGGAGAAUUCAUGUCCUCACCUACUAGGAAAAGAGAGAUUUCUUGAAGGAAAAGAGCAAUGGACCUGAUUCCAAACUUUUCCACAGAGACAUGGGCACUGCUGGCUACCAUCCUGGUGCUCCUCUACCUGUAUGGAACCUCUUCUCAUGGACUUUUUAAGAAGCUGGGGAUUCCUGGCCCCAAACCUCUGCCUUUUGUUGGGACGAUGCUUAACUACAGGAGGUCUCUUGGUCCACCUGGAUUUAUGAAAAAGGGUAUAAUAAGAUCUAAGAAUGAAGAAUGGAAAAGAAUUCAAUCAUUGCUGGCACCAACCUUCAGCAGUGGAAAACUGAAGGAUAUGUUCCCCAUCAUCCAAGAAUAUGGAGACGCACUGGUGAAAAACAUGAGUCGGGAAGUAGAGAAGGGCAAGAAUAUCACCAUGAAAGACAUCUUUGGGGCCUACAGCAUGGAUGUGAUCACUGGUACCUUAUUUGGAGUGAAGGUGAAUUCCCUCAACAAUCCCCAGGAUCCCUUUGUAAAAAACACCAGAAAGCUUUUUAUAUUUGACUUUUUGAAUCCAUUCUUUUUCUCUAUAGCACUCUUUCCAUUCCUUCCAAGAAUAUAUAACAAACUAAACAUCAGUAUGUUUCCAAAUGAUGCUACAUCAUUUUUUAAGAAAUUUAUAGAAAAGACCAAAAAAGAGCGACUUGAAAAUACCAAAGAGCACCGAGUGGAUUUUCUUCAGCUGAUGAUAGACUCCCAGAAUUCCAAGGACAUGGAGUCCCAUAAAUCUCUUUCUGAUCUGGAGAUCCUGGCCCAAUCAAUCACAUUUUUUGCUGGCUAUGAGACAACAAGCACUGCUCUUUCCUUUACUACAUACUUACUGGCGAUUUACCCCAAUGUUCAGAAGAAACUUCAGAAUGAGAUUGAUACAGUCCUGCCCAAUAAGGCACCUGCCACUUAUGAAGCACUGGUAGAGAUGGAAUAUCUGGACAUGGUGGUGAAUGAAAGUAUGAGAAUAUAUACAAUUGCUACCAGGGUUAACAGGCUCAGUAAGAAAGAUGCUGAAAUCAAUGGUGUGUUCAUUCCCAAAGGGACAGAGGUGGUCAUACCUAUCUUUGUUCUUCACCAAGAUCCAAAAUACUGGCCAGAGCCUGAGGAAUUCUGUCCUGAAAGGUACAAGAACCCUGAGAAAGGGAACACACACAUAACCAGACUUCUUUCAGUAUGUUAAGAUGUCUCUUACUUUAAUCACUUAAAUAUAAAUGUGCAUUACCUUGCUGUAUGUAAGUUUGAUUUUAGAAUGCCAGUAGUACAAAAUGAUAAUUAUUGUAAAAACUACAGACAUUUUAAUGGACCAAAAAUGACAUUUCUAUAUUUUGUAAUUUGUUUUAGAGUCUUAAACCUGUCUUAGUUAAGGUUUUUAAUGUUGUACAGAGAUACUAUGACCAUGGUAACUCUUAUAAAGGAAAAUAUUUCUUUGGGGCUGCCUUAUGGUUUCAGAGGUUUAUUUAGUCCAUUAUCAUCAUGACAGGAAACAUGGCAGCAUGCAGACAGACAUGGGGUUGGGGAAGUAACUGAGAGUUCUAUAACCAGA